GCUCAGCUGUCACAGAGAUAAUGACAAAAGACUUGUAUUUUAUAUGUCUAACAUAUACAUGCCUAACACAUUACAUUACGAUAUGUGAAUCAGACCAUUACAUUUACUCAAAGGGCUUCGUCCAGGCAGCAGCUGUUUCAAAGCUGACAUCUGACCUUUGUGAUAAACCGCCAGAAAUGACCGAAAGGGGUGGGAGGGUGGAAGUGCGAGCCCAUCAUUACGUUAUAGCAUACUGCUCACAGGCGGACGAUAGGAGCGAUAGGAGUGUAGUGUGAUAGUCGCCAUCUACCUCCCGCCCUCUGUACCAUAAUUCCAUCAGUUCCUUCACCACUACCUGUCGGUUACCCGGCGAUGACGUUGGGUUUGUCCAGUAAUCGGCUGUUUCCGGCCAAAUGACUGCCUAGCUGCAUUUGCUGUCGUCACCGGGGUGUGUGAUGGGGAGGCUGUGCCAUAUAAAAGUUAGUUUCGGGUGCUUUUGCAGUUGAAUGGAAGUGACCAACAAGUGGAAGCCCCUUCUCUACUAAAUAACCAAGAAAACGCAGUGCUCUAUGGUUGCUAGCAAUCUGUGGGUCGCAUGACAAGAUUCCGACAGGUGGUUCGUCACCGAUCUUGCCAAACAUCUCCACGUCAGAAAGAAAGAGGGACACGGCAGAGACAUAAGUCUAGCCUGCCAGGUUACAUCGGAGACUACUGUACGGCGGGCAAAAAGGAUUCCGCCAUCAGCCUGAUGGACGCGACCCUGGAUGACGAGAGCGCCAUCUGGCAGGUCCAAGAAAUUGCCUCGAGCCCAAGUUCCACAACCUCCCAGGACCAGGAUCAGAGUCAAGGAGACGAAAGGUGUGCAAGGAGGAGAUUGAUCAAAUACAAGCGGUACCCAAAGCCUCCGUACGCCUACCUGGCCAUGAUUAUUGUUGCCAUCCACUACUCGCCAAACGGUCACAUGACACUGGCAGAGGUCAUCAAGGCCUUGGAAAAUAUGUUCUCCUUCUUCCGCUGCAGUUACAAGGGCUGGAAAGAUUCGGUGCGGCACAACAUCUCCAACAGCCCCUGCAUCGUCAAAGUCGAGCCCGAGCCAGGCGCCGGCGCUUUCAAGGCCGCCAGGUGGCGCGUGUUCUGGGAGAUGGUGCCGAGGGACGUCUUCCUCUUACAGCGAGGCCGUCCAGGUUGUAAGGACAAGCACUGGAAGCCAACUCUGCUGCAACAUCUAGGACUUCAAGACAUUAUCCUCCCUAGCAAACCCCAAGAUUCCUCUCCCUCGACGGAGAUUUCGAACCAUUCCUCUGCGCUAGGCAUUCAAGCAUGCUUACCCCAAGAACCUGCGCGCAAAAGCAAGACUUCCAGUUACGCUGCGCAGUACGAGGACUUGCAUGGCAUUCCUACGUUUUCGUCGUUCAUGGUAGAACGCGAACGAAAUCUUCGAGAAGAGAUGACGUCAUCACUCGCGGACAAACAGGUAAACAACCAUCACAAUCUCCAGAUAUGGAGCGUUCAAAAUAUUCACGAUUCGACCACACACUUGCCCAUGCCUCACCAGGCUUUUUAUCAAUCCCAGAUUGUGACCAGCACAGACUUCGCAGAAGAUCGUAGGACAAGUCCUCUCUGCCUGGACAAUUUUCUUUUCGACGGUCGUCGGUCCCCAGGCCUGGACUUACCUCCAAUCGAUGUGCCGUCUUGUGAUUACGGAACCCCUAUCUAUCCAUCACAAAGAGGCGACUAUCCCCACUCCUACAGCACAUUGUCAUUAAACUGUGGGACUAGAUUGUUUUAUGGACAGGUUAACCAUCGGCAAAAUCCCAGAGCGAAUUCUGCCUCAACUGAUUGUGGCACGUGUACAUAUGGCUCUGAUAUAGAAACGAAUGACAGUCCCGUACAGAACGUCCAUGUCAACCACAGAAUCUGCACCUCUGUGGGAUGUCAAACCUCUGUACGCACCGAUCUCUAUAACUAUGUCGGCAUGCAAGGUAGUUCAGAAGCCUGUGUAUGGCAACAGCCAUCGGCGACUUAUCUAUGUUCUGGAAGCCUGGCUGUGCAGAACCAGUUCAGCCAACUGCCAGGAGAUGAUAGACAAUGGUCAAGUCGCUGUAAUAUUCCAAGCAAUAACAUUAACCAGAAUUGUCUUAUUGAUAGUCGUGUUUCAGCAAAGUGCCAGGACCCCUCAAAUGGCUUCACUACACCUUUUGUUACCGGUGAUCAGAGCAAGUAUUCUGGCCAGCAUUUGGACUGGCCGGUUGACAUUUUUAGGUAUCCUUAUUAAUUAUUUCCUUAUCCUUACAGAAUGCUAGUUUGCAGCCAACACUUCUUAGCUUCAGUCCCCAACAAUGACUUGGGCAUGUAGCAGUGCCGAUGGCAAAUAACUUAAUUAAUACCUCACUGAUGACUCUCCUGAUGCUUUUGAGUGCUUGUCAAAAGAGUUAUACUAUUGCGCGACAGAGCACACACUCAACAUUUACAGCAUGCAUGCAUGUUCUUGCAUUCUCCAUUCAACAUAAUCUCAGAGUACAACCAAUGAAAAGGUAUUGCUUUAAGCAAAAAAUAUUUACUAAAUUACGAACAUUUAUGCAUUUAAGUAACAACCAUUGACACCUAUUCUAUGCAUGUGCUGAGAUGUGCAAAUGCUGCAGCUCUUCAUGUCCUCCCAAUUCCUAUAAAACAUGUAUCCACCAAUAACCCCCACCAAAAAAAUAAAUAAAAAUCACUUUUCAGCUGUUACAAUUAAGGCUAAGGUUAACAUCAAAACUUCUUCAACAGCUCUGUCCACACAUUACAGCAGUGUCCUACACAGACAACUGUUUAGAGUUCUCCUUUAGAUGCUAGGCUUAGCAACAACAAUUCUCAACACGGUCAAAUACGUUUCAACUCAUGAAUGAAUGGUGUGUCGAUUCAACACCUCUUGAUGUAAACAUCAAAAACGUAUACGAAAUAAAACUUUUAAAAAUUGAAUCUUUACAUGUGAUGGUUACAUGUUUCAUAUAACAUAAAAAUCAUUUCAAGAAAAUAGGUACCCUUGGGUAACACAACAGA